AUGUCAGCGCCGGCACCUCCGGCCGCCAACCGGCCCGGCGGCAGGCCCCGUAAGGCUUCGACCGCGACCGCGCCGGGCGGCACGCCGGCAGCAGAGACACCAACACCGUCCUCAUCAGCCCCUGCCGGCCAUGCUCCGACAGCUGUGACGACCUCCGUCACCACGACCGGACCGAUGACCGUCGCCGAAUGCGAGGCGCUCGCUGCCCAGCUCACCGACCCUGCCACACCGUUGCGGCGCCGCAUCGAGAUCGCGUCCGAGCUUCGUGACUCAGCAGAGUCAAACAGAGAGUACACCUUCUACGACAAGUACCUUGCUGUCUUCAUCCCCGCGCUCGUUCAGAUCCUCGGGGAAGAGAAGAACAUCGUCUUCGUCAAGGACAACUCAGAACAGCGCUUCCGUCACACCCUUCUCGCGUACCUGCAACGACUGCCGCAUUCCGAGCCCUUCCGACAGUACGAGGCCAAGGUUCUCGAGCUAAUGAUCAAGCUCCUCAAGGUGGAAAAUGAGGACAAUGCCCUUCUGUGCAUUAAGAUCAUGAUCGACGGAUUCCGAUCGCACAAGGACCAGGCUGAGCCGUUCGUCGAGCCGUUCCUUGAACUUGUGAAGCAGAUGUACGCCAAUUUGAAGGGAGUAGUGGAGAAGGAGUUUGGCACGACUGGUGGUGGCAAACCUGUCAGCAAUGACGGCACCCCGACACCUUCCGCUCCCUCUUCCUCUUCGCACACCCAUCUCUCGCAUGCCCUCCACUCGCCCAAGGUUCUUACCGAGUGCCCGAUUGCUGUCGUCCUCAUCUUCCAGACGUACAAGUCGGUCAUGGGCCCGGCGAUGCUCGACCUCUCGCCCCUUGUUAUGGAAAGCAUUAAGAUUCAGCCGGAACCUCAACGCGUCGCGCACGCCGAGGCAAAGGAGCGAGGCGAGAUCUUCGUCGGAGUGGCGCCAGGGAUCACGAACCGUGACAUGUACACUGAGCUCAUCAAGACGCAGGUCAAGACGAUGGCCUUCCUCGCCUACGUUCUUCGUGGCAGCUCGCAGGCGAAUGUCAAGGACUACCUGGAGGUCUUCCCAGAGGCGUGCAUUCGGCUGUUGCGCGACUGCCCACCGGAGGACGUCAGCACGCGCAAGGAAUUGCUCGUUGCCACCCGCCACAUCCUGACGGCCGACUCGCGAUCAUCAUUCAUUCCUUACAUCGACACGCUGUUGGAGGAGCGCGUACUCGUUGGAACCGGAGUGUCAAGUCGCGAGGCGCUCCGACCGCUCGCGUCCUCCGUCGUCGCCGACCUCAUCCACCACGUCCGCAACGAGCUUCCGAUUGCCCAGCUCAACCGUGUGGUUUACGUUUUCUCUUGCAACCUCAACGAUGCGACGUUCUCGAGCUCAAUCCAGACGAUGUGCGCCAAGCUCCUCAACACGAUUGUCGAUUCCAUCGCGAGCAAGGGCGACGCUGAGCAGUCCGCGCGACUUAUGAAGUCGAUGUUCAUCUCAUCGCUGGAGAAGCUCUCGGCCAUGACCGAGGCCUACGACAAGCUGAAGGCACUGUCCCAGAGAGACAAAGGUAAGGGCAAGGCCAAGGAGGAAACUGCUGCCAUCACCAGCGGCGAGGACGUCACGAUGACGGACGAGACGACGGAUGCCAAUGCCGACCGGAUGGCGCAUGGCUGGCGGGAGAUCGAGCAGGCCAUGCCCGUGCACCAGGUGGCUUACGCGAACGAGUCCCUCGAGACCUUCUGCCGUGAGGCGCGGUAUCUGUUCAAGACGCUGCUGCACACUUUCCGCACUCUCCUGUCGUACACGCGGCAAGGCGAGAACCCGGUACCUCCUCCGGACGGAGAGCUGCUGUCGCGCUUCUUCGAGAACGCUAUCCGCUGCAUCGCCAUUUUUGACAACAAUCGUGAUCCUCGGGAACCGAAAGAGGCGAUCGAACUUCUUUCACAGAUCCUUCUGCUGUUCGACCCUCACUCCUUCCGUGAAGUCUGGUCGACGCACAUGGACUUCUUUGUCGAGCACGCUCUCACAAACCCGCAUGUGUUCUCCGUCCUGCAGAUCCUGAUCACGCACGAGUCGGUUUCCCAUCAACUUGUGGCGAUCACGCUGAAGCAUCUUAUGAGCCACCUCGAUGAGAUCGGCAGCUACUCGCCCAAGAAGGCACAGCUGAACCUCCGCCUGUUCAAGAUCUCGUUCUUAGCCAUCAACACGUACAUCAACGCGAACGAGGUCGUGCUUGUGCCUCACCUGCAGAAGCUCAUCAUGCGGUCUUUCGCCCUGGCUCCCAAGGCUGACGAGCCGACGGUCUACUAUCAGAUUCUGCGAGCGCUCUUCCGUUCGAUCGGAGGAGGCAGAUUCGACGCUUUAUACAAGGAGGUACUGCCUAUCCUGCAGGAGAUGCUCGACAACCUGUCGUAUCUUCUGCAGCACGCGACUGACCCGGUCCAGCGCGACCUCUUCGUUGAGCUCACUCUCACCGUCCCCGUCCGCCUGACGAACCUGCUUCCUCAUCUCAGCUACCUCAUGAAGCCGCUCGUCCACGCUCUGCAGGCUGGUCCGGAACUCAUAAGUCAAGGUCUGCGUACGCUGGAGUUAUGUAUCGACAACCUCACGGCCGACUUCCUCGACCCCACCAUGACUCCCGUCUUCCGCGAACUCAUGGGAGCCCUUCACAAGCUUCUGAAGCCGAUCCCCGCGAACCGCCAACACUCGCACUCGGCCGUCAAGAUUCUCGGCAAGCUUGGAGGCCGCAACCGUCGAUUCUCGGACGUGGAAAACCUUCUUGAGUACAAGAAGUGCGCCGACGACCUUACCGCGCCGAUCUCAUUCGAGGGCAAGUCGUCGCGCUUCGAGCUUGAGCCGCUCGUCAAUGCGGCUGACCAGGUUCUGGACCAGAGGAUUGAGGUCUGCCAGGGUGACAGUCUCGAGGUUCUCAAGCUCACCGCCAUGGAGAUGCUCCACGAGAGCCGCAAGGAUACUGAGGCGACGCCGGUCUUCGCCAAGACUGUCAGCGCCCUGUUCCGUGCCUGCGCGCUUCCCGCUCCCCACGGAGAGGCGACGCUCGCUUUCGUGCGCGAUUACUGCAAGCGUGUCUUCACCGCCGAGCUCAAGCGCACCGAGGAGGACAACGACAAGCUUUUGCCGGAUCUGCAGACUCGCCACCGUCCGUUCCCUCUGACUCUCGCGCUCACCGACGCGAUCGUCAAAACUCUGGCCAACGCCCACGGAGACCAGCGUGAUCAGAUUGCUGAUGUGCUCAACGACAUCAUUGCCGACUUCAAGGUGUUGGCCACGUCGCCCGAGUUCACUGGCAGCAAGGAGGCGGUUCGUAACAUUGACCGUUUCGUCUUGUCCUUCGUUCGCCGCUUCACGAACCUUUGUCAGGACGAGGACUGGAACCACAAGAUGGCCGGCGUGACCGCCAUGAAUGUGUUUGUUCGCAAGGCUGAGCUCAGCCGCAAGUACAUCAUCGAGCUUGAGCUCGAGUUCGUCCGUGUCCUCAUGUUCGCUCUCCGCGAUGCUCCCAAGGAUCCGCCGAACUCGGUCAAUGGCAUUGUUGAUCUCAUCCAGUACCUGAUCAAGACCUGCCAGUCACAGGAGGACGGCAAGGCGCGCCUCAGUCGUCUUAUCGAGAUCAUUGUGCGCGAGCUCAACAGCCAGAGCCGUCUUGCUCGCGAGGCCGCACAGUCGUGCCUCAAGCUGCUGUCCGAAACUAUCGACCAGCCGAUCUCCAAUGUCAUCGGGAACGUUACCCGCACCGUCCUACUCGAGACGAAUGCCGGCCCAAUUUUCUCCAAGCCUCUGCGUGCGCUGUCGUCGUUCGCGAUGCAGGUUGGCAACAUCGAUUGUGUCACCUACCUACUUGACUUGCGUCCCUCGGUGCCCGAGAUCAACGACGAGUUUGUCCGUCUUGUUCAAGAGGUACUCGCGCUUGCGGAUGUGGAUGAUGCGAGCCUCAUCCCGAACAAGCGCGGCGAGCCCCCGUCGCACAAGCAGAGUUUCUGGCUCAAGUCGCUCCGCAUUGCGUGCCUUCGCAUGCUUCGAUCCACUAUGAACUGCCAGGAGUUCACAGAGAGGCAGAACCUCGCUCCCAUCCGCCAGCGCAUCAUCACCGUCUACUUCAAGCAUGUCUACUCUCCUCAUCCCGAGAUCGUCGACGUCGCCCACGACGGUCUUCGCGACGUCAUCCAGCACCAGAGCAAGUUACAGAAGGAGGUUCUCCAAUCUGGUUUACGCCCGAUCUUAGUCAACCUCGCCGACGCCAAGCGUCUCAGCGUUCCUGGUCUCGAAGGCUUAGCCCGUUUCCUUGAGCUCCUGACCAACUACUUUAAGGUCGAGAUCGGUGUCAAGCUCCUGGACCACUUCGACACGCUGGCGGACGCGAACAUGCUCCAGAAGGCUGCCAGUGGACCGCUGGACGACAACCCGGACAUUUCGCGCAUGACUCGUCUCGUCAACAUCUUCCGUCUUCUCCCUGCGACUGCCGUGCAAUACCUUAAGCAGCUCACCACUCAGGUUGUGGAGGUCGAAUCGCAGCUGCACCAGUCUGCUCCUGGUCCGUUCACCGAGAACAUCGCGAAGUACCUCGACAGGUACCACACAGAGGGUGCCCAGAACCUGCUCGACAACAUCCGCAACCCUCGUGUGGUCUGGACCUAUCGCAACAUCAUUUCGUCCGGCAAGGCUCCUCAGCUUGUCAAUGAGCUGUCCAACCGCGCGGGUGCCAUCACGGAGGUCUGCUUUGCAAACCUUGAGCAGUUUGACCUCGUCCUGCCUGGUCUCUACAUCAUUCGCGAGCUCUCACGCACUUCGCCGUCGUGGCUGUCUGAUCACGAGCCGGUGCUCGAAGCCGUGGUUGGUGUCUGGCGCUCCAUCGUCCAGCGCUCGCGUGAUCCCAAGAGUGACAUGUCCAACGUCCACUAUCAGACCAUGCCCAGCCUGAUCCUGGAGAUGUUCAUGUCUACUCUUGAGCACAAGGACCACACUGCCCUGCUCUUCCACGUUGUCGAGGCGUACGAGAUUCGCUCCUCGUUCGACCGCACCAACGUCGCGUUCUUCCUGUACCAGCGCGUCGCCCUUCAGGAGUCUGUGGAGUACCGCCGCGAGGUCAUCGAGUACUUCAUGAACUUGUACGAAGAGGAGUCGGUCGUCACCUGGGCUUUCAAGACGAACGCUCUCCGUCUCAUCGUGAACCCGACCUUGCGUCUUUACUUCGCCGACGAGAAGAACGAUGGCUCUCUCAUCAGCCCCGCCCUCAUCCAGAGAAUCGCUGAGCGCAUGUGGCGGCCCCUGUCUGCUACCCCCGUCGCCAAGCAGCGUGAGGACACACUUCUUAUCGAGAUUUUUGCCCUCACGACGCUCCUCGUCAAGCAUGCGGGCUCCAAGGUCAUUGACACCCGCAAGGAGGUGUUCAAGCUUGCCUGGAUGGGCAUUAACCUGCUCGAGCCGACUGUUAAGCUGAUGGCGUAUGUGCUGACGGCGUGCUUCAUGGCGACCUACGACACUCCUGUCAAGUUCGUUCGCUUGACAUGGACUGGACUUUUGCGCUUGAAGGAGAACGAGUCCAAGGCCCUCUUCCGUCAGGCCAUUGACACUCUCGCCGGCUGCCUGAUGGUCCGCGACCCUCCCACCCCCGGUACCAUCCCCGACUGGGCUCAGAAGGUCAAGACUGUGCUCGUCGAGGAGGGACACGCGACCAGCACUCUCGUUGUCGUCUGCGAGCUGCUCGUCAACCACCCAGACCUUUUCUACGACUACCGCGACCUCUACGUUCCUCACAUCGCGAUGUCGCUCCAGAAGCUUGGCUUCGUUCAGGCUGCCACUGCGGAGAUGAAAAAGCUCACGGUCGAUGUCAUCGAGCUCAUCUUCCGCUGGGAGCGCAAGCGCAUGGCUCUCAAGGACGAGGCUGCCAAGGCGGACGAGUCGAUGGAUGUCGACGACCGCGACGUCAACUCGCCCAACAAGCGCCAGCGUAUCGAUCGCGCCGGUACCGCCGUCUCCACCCACAGCAGCAGCGGUGGUUGGGUUACCCCGGCUGCUACGCGCGAGCUUAUCACCGCCCACCUGCUCCGGAUCGUUGCCUCUUCUCCCGAGCCGGUCACCCGCGGUGGUCUCAGCAAGCGUGCCCUUGACCUCUUCAAGGAGAUUCUCGGCCCCAACGGAUUACCGAAUGUCACCGUCAAGCUCCACUUCUUCAACCGUACUAUGGCUCAAGAUAUCACUGAGAGCACCAUCGGUACCGUGGCCAACUCGACCGAGGUCAUUGCCGCCGUCGCCGAGGUCCGCGACCAGGCAUGGAUCCGCAGCAAGCUGGAAACCUUCCGCAAGCUGCUUGAGAAGGUUUGGGUCUUUGACGACAACAACAUGCACGAGGUCAUUCGUCCCCUCACCGAACGCAUGUUCGCCGAGCUCCCCGAAGAGGAGAUUCCGGACAGCGACGAUGACGCUCAAAAGCUGCUCAAGUGGCUCACGACGACCGUCAACAACAACCUCGCUGCCAGCUUGCGCUCCACUAGCGAACUGCCCGGAACUUUGUUCCUGCUCAAGUCGUGGCUGAAGGCGCAGCCCAAGCUUCUCCACAAUGAGACUAUUGCGUCGGGCCUGCUCCGCGUCCUCAGCAACCUCGUCAAGGUCCACACAGCUGCCAAUGGACCCGACCCCUCGUACCGCCUCAUCAUCAGCAUCCUCGACAUGCUUCGAGACCGUGUGGCUGAUCUUAAGGAGCAUCGGCGCUACCUGGUUAGCAUCCUCGGCGCGCUGGUCGAUAAGUCUCAGAACCUCGCGCUUUGCCGCUACCUCCUCGACAUGGUACGCCAGUGGGUCGUCAAGGAUGUCGAUGGACCGAUCGUCGUCAAGGACAAGGCGAUGCUGCUUCUGCGCAUGCACGCUUUCGAGACCCGUGACGACGCACUCUGGAAGUCGUACCUCGACCUCAUCUAUGAGAUCUAUGGUCUUGAGACUUUAGCCGGCACCGACCUCACGCACCGUCUCGAGGCGUCUUUCCUGCUUGGAACUCGCUCCAAGGACCCUGCUCAGCGCUCAAAGUUCCUCGACAAGCUUGAGAAGACCCUUCCUCCUCAGCUUGAUGCCCGUCUCGAGUACCUGUACUCGCUCCAGAACUGGGAGACGCUGGCGGACAGCUAUUGGAUGCCGCAGAUGCUUAGCCUUCUCCUUGGUAGCGCCGAGCGUCGCGACGAGGUGUUCAGCUCUGCUCUGAGCGUCAUUUCGGAGGACGACAAGCUGGCCACCAAGAACUGGCGCCAGGGCGAGCUCGUCCAGUACGUUCGCAACUUGGUCCACCAGGACCCCAUGCAGACUGCCUUCACGCCUUACAUCGCCAAGCUGCUCUGCAAGGAGUAUCACCACAAGCAGAUUGACCUCAAGCCGAACGUCAUACAGACCCACCUCGAGGCUCUGGUGUACUGCCGGCCGCCGGUUACCGUCCCUCCUCUGCUCAUCAAGUUCCUCGCCAAGACGUACAACGCAUGGUACGCUGGAUUCGAGAUUCUUGGUCUCCUUUCCGACACGUACCGUGGCACGGAUAACCUGCGAGAGAGCUGCGCCGGUGCUCUGAGCGAGCUGUAUGCCGAACUCAACGAGGACGACAUGUUCUACGGCAACGCCCGCUGCCGCUACGUCUACCCCGAGACUGCUGCUGCACUCACCCUUGAGCAGAACGGUCGCUGGCCGCAGACUAUGGAGCUUUACGAGCAGACCAUGAUCAAGGCUCGCCAUGCCGCGCUUCCGUUUACCGAGGACGAGUUCUGUCUGUGGGAGGACCACUGGAUUCUCGCCGCCCAGAAGCUCCAAAACUGGGAGUCGCUCACUGAGCUUGCUCGUGCCGACCAGAACCCGGAUCUGCUUCUCGAGUGUGCCUGGAGGCUGUCCGACUGGGGCUCUGCCGAUCGGGAGAUGAUCGAAAACUCGCUCAAGAGUGUCGCCGGUGUCCCCACUCCCCGCCGCAAGGUCUUCGAGGCGUUCACUGCCCUUAUCAAGGCGCAUGGAAGCCGCGAGCCGCCCAACGACUUCCUCCGCAUCGUCGACGAGGCCCAGCAAGUCGCUAUCCGCAAGUGGAUCAGCCUUCCGUCGUCCAUCACGGGAGCCCACCUUCCCCUUCUCCAGAUGUUCCAGCAGGUUGUCGAGCUUGGCGAGGCUGCGCAGGUCUUCGACUCGCUCCAGAUGACUACUGCUCAGACUCUGGAAGCUCGCGCAAACACCGAGCUCAAGAGCAUCUUCCAGACCUGGCGUGACCGUCUCCCCAACUUCUGGGACGACAUCAGCGUCUGGUCCGACCUCCUUGCUUGGCGUCAGCACGUGUUCCAGGCUGUCACUCGUGUCUACAUGCCUAUGAUCACGCCGGCCGAAGGGGUCACCCACGGCUACCGCGGAUACCACGAGACCGCCUGGAUGAUCAACCGCUUCGGUGAGGUCGCUCGUCGCCAUGGUCUUCUCGACGUGUGCAGCACCGCUCUGAAUAAGAUCUACAUGCUGCCCAAUAUCGAGAUCUCCGAGGCGUUCCUCAAGCUCCGUGAGCAGGCGCUCUGUUACUUCCAGAAGCCGGAGAAGUUCAAUGAGGGUCUCGACAACAUCAGCACGACCAACCUCAUGUACUUUGCCCAGCCGCAGAAGGCGGAGUUCCUCACGCUCAAGGGCAUGUUUAUCUCUCGCCUGGGUCAGGACUCGGACGCCAAUGACGAGUUCGCCCACGCCGUGCAGAUGGACUACAACCUGCCCAAGGCUUGGGCCGAGUGGGGCAAGUUCAACGAGAAGAUGUAUCGCCAGCAGCCCGAGGCGCCGCCUCCUGGCAGCAAGCCGCAGCCCGGGCCUGGAGAGAAGCCGAUGACGGACGCCGAGUGGGCCGAGUCCUGGGCUCAGGACCGCGCGCUCCGUGCUUCGUCAGCGGUCUCUUGUUACAUGCAGGCUGCUGGUCUGUACAACAGCCACAAGUCGCGCGCGCUUCUCCUCCGCGUGCUCUGGCUGCUCGGCCUCGACGACUCGCGCAACACGAUCGCCAAGGCAUUCGAGGCGUACAAGGGCGACCUUGUCAUCUGGUACUGGAUUACCCUCAUCCCGCAGCUGCUGCUGUCGCUGUCGCACCGUGAGGCGCAGAUUGCUCGCCACAUCCUCAUGCACAUCGCCAAGUCGUUCCCGCAGGCGCUGUUCUACAGCCUGCGCGUAACUCGUGAGGACUUUAGCAACGUCAAGAAGAGCCAGCUCGCCGCUCAGCAACGAGUCGCGGCCAUGAAGCGUGCAGCCGAGGCCAAGGCUGCUGCCGCCGCUGGUCAGGCCGCCAGCAGCAGCGCGACUGCUGAGAACAGCGAGCAGAAGCCGGAUGCAGCGAAGGAGGAGAAGGCAGAGGAGAAGCCUGCCACCAAUGGUGCCGAGGCGAACGCGAAUCAAGGAGAGAGCAAGCCCGAAGCCAACAACGCACCCGCCAAUCCUGCUCAGCCCGCCAAGCCUGCCCCCCGCCAGCCGUGGGAGCUUGUCGAUGAGAUUAUCAAUCACCUCAAGACUGGCGUACCCCUGCUUGCUCUCUCGAUGGAGAAGAUGGUCGACCAGAUCGGCUAUCGAGCCAAGCCCACAAGCGAGGAGGACAUUUACCGGUUCUUCAGCGCCUUGCUUAACGACGCAAUGGCUCAGUGGAGCACGCGUGGUACAUUCCUGAGCGAGGACCAGGAACUCGGUCCUCACACGCGUGACAACCUGAGGCGUUUCUCGUUAAACCUCCACUCCGACCUGCGCGCCGCCGUCGAGAAGGACUUUAUCAACAACCAGCCCAAGAUGCGCGAGUACAUCAAGCGCCUGCAGUUCUGGCGUGACUUUUACGAGCGCGCCAUCGACUCGCGCCCGCGCCACCAGCCGCUCGACUCGUCGGGCAUCAACCUCACAGACUUCCACUACACCAAGUUCGAAGACGUCGAGGUGCCCGGCCAAUACAUCCAGCACAUUGACCAGGCCGACGAGCUGGUUCGUAUCGCCCGCUUCCACCCCCGCGUCGAGCUGUGCCGCGGCUUUGGCUUCUGCUUCCGCCGCAUCACCAUGAUUGGCCACAACGGAACGCCCUACACGUUCAACGUGCAGAUGCCCGCCGCGCGCCACUGCCGCCGCGAGGAGCGUCUCGUGCAGCUGUUCCGCAUCAUGAACUGCGUCCUGCGGAAGCGCAAGGAGUCGCGCCGCCGCAACCUCCAGUUCCACUUACCUACUGCGGUCGCCCUCGGCACGCAGCUGCGCCUGAUCCAGAAUGACUCGUCUUACGUGUCGCUGCAGGAGAUCUACGACGAUUAUGCGUUCUCGCACGGUAUGACGCACGAGGACACGAUCCUUGCCUUCUGCGACCGACAGCGCCAGCUGCACGACCCCAGCAUCCCGCGUACGGACCCCCGCUUCGUGCAGCUCAAGAUGGAGAUCAUCGAGGAGAUCCAGACCAAGAUGCUCCCGGAGAACGUGCUCACGAACUACAUGAUCAAGAACAUGGCCGACUCGGAGAGCCUCUGGCUCAUGCGCAAGCAGUUCGCAAUGCAGACGGCGGCGACGGCAUUCCUCACCUACGUGUGCUGCCUGAACAACCGCGCGCCGUCUCGGUUCCACAUCUCGCGCAAGACGGGCCAGAUGUACAUGACGGAGAUGCUGCCCUCGUUCGUGCAGGGCCAGCCGCUGUUCCACAGCAGCGAAGCCGUGCCCUUCCGUCUGACGCCGAACAUGCAAAACUUCAUCACGCGUGUCGGCGUCGAGGGCGUCGUGUCCGCCGCCGCGACGGCGAUCGCGCACUCGCUCACGCUGCCCGAGUUCGACCUCGCCUCGACCCUCCACCUGUUCAUCAGGGACGAGAUCCUGACGUGGCAGAACACGUACAACAAGGGCGGCGAGGCGCGCUCCGAUGCCCCGCUCACGGCACACGUGUACAAGAAUGUGGACCAGUUCAUCAAGCGCGCCGAGCUCAUGGGCCACAUUGGCGAGGUCAAGGACAAGGCAGCCGGAGGGCCCGUCAUCAACCACGCCAUGGUCACGCUCAUCUCGCAGGCGACGGCGCCGACGCUGCUCGCGGCCAUGAGCGAGACCUUCAUGGCCUGGUUCUAA